AUGUCUUCCACCGGAGAGAAGAAAGUAACCCAAGACGAGGGAAUUCGGCGAGCUUCAACUACGGUCUCUGUUCAGUGUGGCGAAAUCAAACCCAGCUCUGAUGCCGUGACCCAAAGCUUCUAUGCUUCCGCCGUCAGUGAGAGCUAUGCGAGGAAGUCCGAGCUGAUUGCUCAUCACCUUAAUGAAAUAGGGACUGGAAAGUUUCAAUGGAUCUUGUUCAUCGUCAAUGGUUGUGGAUGGAUGAUCGACAAUUUCUGGUCCCAAGGUAUUUCGGCAGUUCGACCCGCGAUCGCAAACGAAUUUACAGACAUCCAACGCCUUAGCUACAGCUCCAUUGCUUACUAUGUUGGCUUGAUCGUGGGGGCUCUCUUCUGGGGAACAGCAGUUGACUUCAUUGGACGGAAACCCGCAUUCAAUGCCACAAUUAUGAUUGGGGCGAUAUUUGCUUGCGCUUCUGCUGGCUCACAGAACUUUGUGACGUUCUGUUCUCUGUGGGCUGUAAUUGGUACCGCUGCCGGAGGAAAUGUCCCCGUUGAUAGCAUUGUUUUUCUCGAAUUUGUGCCACAAACCCACCAGUGGCUUCUAGUGACGCUCUCUGCCUGGUGGAACUUUGGCCAAGCAGUGGUCUCGCUGCUUUCGUGGGUGUUCCUGGCCAACUUUGCUUGCUCGGCCGAUCAGGCACCUUGCCUCAGACAGAAUAACAUGGGCUGGCGAUAUUUGAUGAUCACGCUCGGAGGUAUUGCGCUUGCACUUGGUCUGCUCCGUAUCUUUGUCUUCAAGAUCCCAGAGUCCCCCAAGUUUCUCCUAUCUAAGGGCCACGACGCCCAAGCCGUUGAAGCCGUCAACUACAUUGCCAGAUACAAUGGCAAGCCCGAGACCUUGACCCUCGACAUGCUACAGGAGAUUGACCGCCAGAUCGCCGCUCAAAACGCUUCGACCAACCAAACCAACGUCUCUGAUGAUGCACAAUCUACCGCAAUUACUCCGGUUCAAACAAAGCUCUCUACAAUGGAUAUCAUGAAAGAGAGCUUCAAGGAUUUCAACGCUAGCAACUACAAGGCUCUGUUCGCUGGAAAGAAAAUGGCCCAACACUCCAUCGUCACAUUUCUCAUCUGGCUCACGAUCGGAGUUGCGUACCCGCUCUUCUUUGCUUUCAUUACUUCUUACAUUGAGGCCAACUCCCACUACACAAGCGACACGUCUUUCAACCGUACAUACGUCAUCUACAUCAUCGUGUCUGUUGUCGGUGUUGUUGGACCGGUCUCAGCUGGAUUCGCUGUUGAGACUCGCUUCGGAAGACGAUAUAUGAUGGCCCUGAGUGCGGCUCUCACAGGCGUGUUUCUUUUCGCCUACACGACUGUCAAAUCCGAGGCUGCUGAUAUCGGCUUCCAGUGUGCAACAGCCAUUCUGGGCAACUUUGAAUAUGCUGUCAUGUUUGCAUUUACGCCUGAAAGUUUCCCAGGCCCUGUGCGAGGAACCGGAACAGGAAUCGCAGCAACCCUUCUCCGAUUCGGUGGUCUUGUUGCGAGCUUUGUGUCCUCUUACGCUGGUUAUACUGUUGUGCCUAUCUACGCAAGUGCAGCGCUAUGGAUUCUUGUUGGCGUAAUGUGCUUCGGUCUUCCGUAUGAGACACAUGGGAGAGCUUCUAUGUAG